GGGUGUCGCUGCGCGGCGCCCGACGAUGCCAAAGUCCGUGGGUUUGUAGUCCGGAGCGUUCCCUUAACAGGCGUUGGUGAAAGGGAGCGGCGCGGAGGGGGAGGAGGAGGUACAGGCAGCAGAUUGGCUUUAGUUCGGCGUGCGGGCACGACGUGUUUCCCGCCGCUGCGCUUGCCUUCUGGAGCGUGUUCUCCUGCAGAGUCGCCCGCGGGCAAAGCGAGCCACAGUCGUUGCACAGCACCAGGGUGAUUUGUUUGUGAUAAAGUCAAAGCCGAUGACUCCGCUAUAAAUACUUCGGUGUUUGGGCAACGGGUAUGAUAGUAGAAUAUGUGAAAUUCCAAACGUCAGUAUUUGCUAGAGCAAAUUAAUCUGAAGGGCGUCCGGAUGAAGGCCUGAAAGGUAUCGUAGAACAAAGUUCUACAGGUGUAUGCACCAACUGCUGUUUCAGAACAGAUCGUUUUCCCCAGGGUGAAGUUUAACAGGAGGCUUGAUCGCUCAAGUAGGAAUAUUACUGUGGUUGGACAACAUGUUUUGAUGAACACAGUAUCUUUUUUUUUUUAUCAGCCAGCAAGCAGCUUUUGUUGAUUUGAUUUCUGUUAAUACUGCUAACGUCGAUUAGAUAUUAAUUAUUAAAUGCAAUUCACAAAGCUGGAGGAAACUUUGUAUCUUGCCAGAGAAACUGGACAUUCACCCCAGGCCACUUUCACGUUCUGAAAACUGCACGUUUGAUAGCAAUCUCCUUGUCUGAUAAAAGAUGUUGGGUCACACAUCAGGCCAAAAAAAUUGUGCCAAAGAGCUUGGUGUAUGGCAAGUAAAACUACAGAACGCAGGAAUUUAAGGAGAGGGAGGGAUUCUGAGAAGAAAUGGACAUGACUAAGGAUCCUGUAGUUAAGGAAAUAGGAGUUUUAAUAAAAUUGCUGUAGUUGACUUGUAAUAAAAUGUGCUACUUUCAUUUGAUAAAACAGAAAAGGUGUUAGGCAUGCCGGUUUCAUGUGCCUCUACUGAAUUACUGUUUUUCAGAAUUUACAUAGAAGAGUGAUUAAAAAUAGCUGAAUUUCUAGGAUUCUCUCCGCUUAAGAAGAUGGCAUCUGUUUCAGACAGCCCAGCGUUCCAGUCAGUGACCAGUGGAUCCUAUGAAAUGUGUACCUUUCAGAAAAGGCUCGCUAGAGGCUAGAAAUGCCUCACAGAAGUUCAGAGCUGGGAAAAGACAGUGGUCAGAAACCUAAGUAGGAGCCAAGUUGAAACAUGAGGUGUAUUGCACAUUCUAGAAGUGAUAAUAACCUUUUUGAGAUUGUGUCAAAAUGGAACGUGAGUGUAUGGAGAAGAUCAACACUUACUGUCAAAAGCAGAAACUGACACUGGUUUAUGCCAAUGUCAGGAUGACCGGCCCAUCUCAUGAUCCUGAGUUCACAGUUGUGGUUAAAAUAAACGAUGUAGAAUAUGGUACAGGCACUGGUAAAAAUAAGAAGGAAGCAAAAGCAGUAGCAGCAAAAAAAACCUGGGAAAUGAUUGAGAAACAGCCAGAGAGCCCUUCAAACAUGCAAGCUUCAGAAUUAAUGACAACUCAAACGACCUUAUUACCUGUACCAGCCAAUGACUAUGUCAGCCAACUAAAUAUGUAUUCACAAAGGACACUGGAAAAAGUUGAUUAUCCUAACACAAAAUGUACUGGAGAAGCCCAUGCUCCCAUAUUUUCUUGUAGCUGUACAAUUAGUGGUUUUGUGUAUGGAAGUGGCACUGGAACAUCUGUAGCUGCUGCAAAACAAGCUGCUGCGAAACAAGCGCUUGAGAAGCUACAUAAGCAAGGCACUCUAACAAUGGGAAGAGAAGAAUCUAAUGGAAAUUCUACAUUUACUGAACAUAGUAAUUCCUCUCGAGUGCCAACUCAGUCUGACUCGGACAGUAUUUCCUUUGAAUACUCAGCUGCAAAGUUAGUAGAAAAAAUGAAAGACAUGGCAGUAUGUGAAAAGCCUUCACCUUCUCAGAGAGACGCACAAAGUUCUGCCCUGAAAUCCAGAAGAAAAUUGGCAGCUAAUUUUGAUAAUGCAAGAAACAAGGAAGAGGAGAAAAAGAUGUCAGAUUUAGAUGAAAGUUUGCCAGAUUUGGACACAAAUACCAGUGAGGAGAAUGAAAGUCCAUACACAGUGAAUAAAAGAUUUCUUGAGAGUUUUAAAAACAUAGAGCCUAUUGGUGAAGGUGGUUUUGGGAAUGUUUUCAAAGCAACAGGAAAGCUUGAUGAGAGAACCUAUGCAGUCAAACGAGUUCAAUUCACAGAGAAUGUAAAGCGUGAAGUAAAAGAACUUGCAAGACUUGACCACGAAAACAUAGUGCGGUAUUAUUGUAGCUGGAAAGGGUAUGACCACGUAACUUAUCCAGACUCAAGGCAGAAGUCAAACAAAGAAAUUACCUGUCUUUUCAUCCAAAUGGAAUUAUGUGAACAAGGGCCAUUGGAAAACUGGAUUGAAAAGAAUAGACUAGACCGAAAGUAUCAUGAGAUGGCACAAAACAAAUUUUUACAAAUACUGAAAGGAGUGAAAUAUAUUCAUUCUAAAGAGUUAAUUCAUCGAGACCUCAAGCCUCAGAAUAUAUUCAUAUCCCAUGAAGAUAAAAUAAAAAUAGGCGACUUUGGUCUUGUGACUUCUGUGGCAUAUGGGACUCUGACUGAGAACAGAGGAACAAAAUCAUAUAUGGCACCAGAACAGUUCGGGGACAGAUAUGGAAAGGAAGUAGAUAUUUAUGCACUGGGAUUAAUUUGGUUUGAAAUUCUUUCAGCAUUCAGUGGUCAUGAGAAAAUUAAGGUAUGGCAUGAUGUUAGAGAAGGUCAACUUCCAGAGAGCUUCACCAAACAAUUUCCAGUAAUGGCACCCAUAAUCAAAAAGAUGCUUUCAAGAGACCCUUCAGGAAGAUACUCUGCAUCUGAAAUACUUGAGUUUUUUAAGUCUGUUGAUAAAGACAACUCAUUUAAAAUUCAUACUCGGUAAAUGCCUUUCAGAUGUAAAAAGGCUUUCAGAUGUGUUUAAAUCCAGAGUUUGACGUCUGAAACUGAUGAAAUAACAGUAAAUGUCAGAAGCAACAACAA